CUGACCUCCAUGGCGCCAUGGCACCAUAUAUACCCGGCCUCUCACGUGAUCCACCCACGCCCCUCCCCCUCCUUCCAGCACACAUCGCCCUCCUCCUCCUCCUUCCCACCGAUCGUCAUCACUCAUCACAGCGGUAGUAGUAGUAGGCUAGCGACACCACCUUCUUCUUGCUGCCAUGGACAAGCAGAGCGUCGUGUGGAGACAGCAGCAGCACCAGCACCACCAGGCCAGCGGCGCGGCGGGCGGGAAUGCCGUCGCUGGCGCCGGUGCGGCGGCGACGACGACGACCGCGCCCGUCCGGCCGAGCAGCGCGCGGUGGACGCCGACGCCGGAGCAGGUCAAGAUCCUCAAGGACCUCUACUACGACUGUGGCAUCCGGUCGCCCACGGCGGAGCAGAUCCAGCGGAUCGCGGCCCGGCUCCGGCAGUACGGCCGGAUCGAGGGCAAGAACGUCUUCUACUGGUUCCAGAACCACAAGGCCCGCGAGCGCCAGAAGAAGCGCCUCGGCGUCGACGUCAACGCCUCCCCCCUCGCCGCCACCGCCGCCGACGUCCUCGCCCUCUCCCCCUCCGGUGCGGCGGCCGGCUUGUACGGCGCCGGCAACUGCGGCGGUCGCGGCGCGGCCGUCCACCCGGAUGCGAGCGCUACUACCACUUGCUGGGGGGACAGCACCCUGCAGGACUACAUGGGCGCGAGGAGCACGGUGGGAGCGGGCAGCCACGGCGGCGCCACCACAGCACCUACGCCGUGGCCAGCUGCGGGCUUCCCUUUCUCCACCAACCAGACGCCGCCAAUGCCGCCGCCGCGGGAGCUCCCGCUCUUCCCGACCGGCGGAGGCCGGCAAGAAAGCGCGGACGAGUUCCACGGCGGCAGCUACCAUCUCCAGCCCAACAACUCGCCGUGGUGGGGAGCUGCCGCUGCCGCUGCCAGCAACACCAACGCCAUGUCAGUCUUCCAUCACCAGCAUCAUCAUCAGCUCCAGCAAGAAGAGCAGCCGCAGCACAGCUUUUACGGCAGCGGCAACCACCAGCAGAUGAUGAUGAUGCCCGUCCAGGACGCCGGCACCUCCCUGGAGCUCACUCUCCGUGCCCCUUACAUGUGAGGGCUAGCUCUCCUUGCCUAGUGCUCCGAGAGUGCUCCCGUCAUUGUCUUAUGCAUGAUCCUAUCUGUCUAUCUAUCCAUCUACUAGUACCACUAGUUACUUACAGUUAGAAGCAUAUGUGGAAGCUUGUCCAUGUCUGUAACUUGUAGGGUUUGAUGGUAGUGUGGUCCCUAAGCCUCAAACUGGUAGUGCACUGCAUGCCAAAUGCAAUGGGCAGUGCAUGGUGCAGCAACCAGUGUGUGUGGUGAGUUUGCUACUGUUUGGUUGCUUGGUUGUACCCAAAGUCCAAAGUGUGUGUGUGUGCCUGGGACAAAGUGUGUGUGAGUACUAGCGCGCUUGUCACAGGAGGAGGUAGCACCAUUGGUGUCAACCUUGUCUUGUCUCUCCCGUUGGUGCCCUUCCAGAUAGAGGAAAAAGUUAUCCUCCAGCCUGAUUUCACAUGAGGAGGAGGCAGAACUGUGGUUGUCUUCAGCUGGGGCAUACUUUUCU